CCCAUUUACAAUCACCAAGAAGAGAAGAACCCUUCAAACCAGAAGAAAACAGGCCAGAAAGAAGAAGACAUGGCAAGCUCAAAGAUCCUUCCCAAGUUCCAUCAGAUUGGAUCAACAAUGUUGAGAAGAAGCCCUUGGAGCCACAAGGCCUUUGUUACUGCUGCCCCAAGACCACUGCAAGCCACUGCAGAACAACAUGCUGCGGAUGCAUGUAAUAAGGCAUCAGAAGCUUUAAAACAUGGAACCUCAAAUGUGACACAGGCUGGUGGAGACAUGAUGGGCAAGGCUGCAAGUACAGCAGAUAAGAUGGGCCAGCAUGCUCAAGGAAUGGCUAGAAAUGCAUCUGAUUCAGCACAAGACAUGAGCAGCAAAGCAACCCAAAAGGCCAAGGAAGCAUGGGAAGGUGCCAAGGAUACAAUGGCUGGCAAGGGUCAAGAGGCAAAGGAAUCCAUGAAACAAAGUGCUGAGACAGUCAAGCAAGCUAUGAAUACCAAGAAUUGAUAAUCUACAAAUUUUCUUCUCAACAGCAUGGAUAUUGCUUAAUCACUUCCAUAACUAUUUUGUUCUCUCCCCUCCUCCUUCCGAAGGGGAUGUUAAAAAUGGAAUAGAGGGUUCUCUUUCCUUGUAGGACUUAUAGAUGGAGAAUGCAAGACUAUUUCUUAUGACAAUAAACUCCAUCUAUUACUUUUUUUUUCUCAAUCGCAUUUUUGUUUUGUAAGCAUCAAGUUUCUUCAUGAUGUUUUAUGUGAAUUAUUUGAUAAUAUAAUAAAUAACUUUUUGUUA